AUGAAGUUUUCCUUAACUCUCGUCACCGCCCUUCUCGGUCUGGCUGCCGCCGCGCCCCAGAAUGACCCGUCCACCGAGGGUCUCUCCAAGGAGCUCGCAGACGAAAUGCAAAAGGUCCUAAAGCAGCUAGAAGAAGACAACAAGAAGAGCAUCCCCGGCACCAUCCAGGCCAUGGCCGAGCAGCUCGGCUGGCAAGCGGCCGGCAACCUCCCCGGCAAGGUCGGCCAGGGCGCCACCCUCCUCUCCUUCCUCGCCACCUCGGACUACAGCAUCACCCCCGAGAACGGCAAGGAGUGGGUAAAGAACCUCGGCGGCGUGGCGCUCUCGUUCCUCCCCAAGGUCGGCACCCUCGGCAACAUCCCCGGCUUCCUGGGCAUGCUCAAGACCAUCGCCAUCGGCCUCGAGCGCGCCCAGUUCCCCGAGCUCGCGGCCAAGCGCGACGCCGAGGCCAAGUGCUUCGCCGACAACAAGGUCCGCACCUACAAGGACCUCUGCGCCUACUGCAAGCCGCACCUGACCAUCUCCCUGCUCGGCAGGCUCAACGGCUGCACCGACGAGCUGGUCGCCAACCGCGACGACUACGUGGACCACAAGCGGGCGCAGAGCUUCUGCGCCGACGCGGUCCUCUGCUCGGGCUAUAAUGACGGGGGGCCGAGCAAGAUCAUCAAGAACGGCUUCCGGUACGACCCGCUGCGCUCGUUCUGGUGCAAGGACAAGGAUGUCCAGAUUGGCAUGCUGCUGAGUAGCUGGAUUGGGGAGCCGCUCCGCGACAGCCUCUAUAUGCUCGACGCUGAGGACUUUCGCAACGCUUUGACCCCCGCUUGUAAGGAGAUCACGAAGGAUCUUAAUGUUGAGGGCACGUGUCCGAAGAGGGAGGAGCUCGAGGCUGCGGAUAAGCUGGCGCCUCCCGUGAGCUACUGCCAGCCCGGACAGAGUGUGGCUGCUGGCGGUCCUGACAAGCCGUUUGUGCCAAAGGCUUAG